AUAACUCGUGAAUUAGUUCUACCUAAUGAAGAGUCUCUUGCACAUAUGCAACUAAUUAAUUAUGCAUUAUUCAUUGUCAUUUGUCAACCAGUGUGUUUUCGCCUAGGGGGGAUGACGACGGACUAGAUAAUCUAUCCGGGUCAUUCACAAAACAAUUUUAAAGGUAACACGCAAUGUAGACUUCAAGGAAUGUGUCAAAGUGCGUUGUAACAGUGCACGUUAGAAAAGAAAUUCACUAAUCUAUAGGAAAAAAAAUCCUCAUGGCAGAAGAACCUAGUGAGAAUCCAGAACAUUUAUCAUUUAAGGAAAAACUUAAAAGAUUCCAAUAUAAAGAAGCCACUCCGUCGGGCUCAGUGAAGGAUAAUGGAAGACCAAACGGAAAGGAAAUAAUGGUUAAAGUUUUUCCAAACGCGAAGAGUCUACAAGCGAGAAGGGAUCAAGCAAUUCUUAAAGACGAUUUCUCUUCUGGCGGGUCGCGACGAACUCUAAAAAAGCAAGACAGCUGUGAAGUGUCAUCAGACUACUUGAGUGAUAUCGGGGAUGAAAUCAAGGAUUCGGAUUUUGUCGACGAUGUCUGUGAUUCAAAACGCUCUCCUGUUUCGGAGGAAAUCUUGACCAGCAGCGAUUCAUGCUCGAACAUUGAGGAUUCAAGUAAUAGGAACGAUAUUGCUAAAUGUACAUGCACCAUGGAACACGAGCUUGCCGUGGAUAGUGUAACCCCCCACCCGGUAUCUGACUGUCCCCGGGAUGAGACUGAAUUACAGAGAGAAGACAGUUCCGACCAAGCGCCGCUCCAGCCCCCCUACCCUGCUCCCCCCUACCCCCUGGUAGACGUUAAGUCCUUCACAGGCCGAUCGAUGAGCGUCGGGAGCUGCCCUCCCAUUGGUUUUGAGGGCCUCUGUGACCACCGCGCCCUUUCUAUAACCUAUCCGAGUUUAAGUUCGCAUAUAGGCGACACAAGCAACUACUCGUCCAAUUAUAUGAGUGAACCAAAGCUGAGAAUGCCUUUACCUGAUUUUGGCGGACUUCACUUAAAUAAAGACUCAUAAAAUUACACAUGAUUUGGGCACUAUUAUACGGUACCCUAGAUCGGCUUCAUGCUGUUAUUCUUCUGGGGAAAAACGUAUCAUCGGAGUUGGUGCAUGAGAAAUUUUAAUUAUGCACCGUCCUUGAAAAUCCUCUUUGAGAUGAAUUUUAAAUAUUUAUUGUCAAGUCGAUCGAAGAGGAAUGGUCAAUACUGGCAUCACUUCGCAAAAGGAUGGUAUCUUCUAUUGGUAUCUUUUUAAACAAUCUUGAUGUUUACCUAUAUUUGAAAACUGUUUUUAAAAUAAACAUGUUCAUAAUUUGAUUAUAUAAGUUGUUGAUCAUUUUGUGAUGAUCGUUAUUUUCAAAGCAGGUGUUGUACAGUACCUUUUUCCCAUAAUACAUGUAGCUUUUCCCCUUGGAAAACUAGCUAAAUAGUAGUCUUUCCCCCUGGGGGUAAAGACUACUACAUGUAUCUAGUAGACUUUACCCAUAGUUUCUCCCCCCGCGUUUUUUGAUCAGAUUUUAGAAAACAGUUUAUGGAAAGCCAUUCGGGAUGAAAAUCAAUGUUUUUUUCAUCACUAGGUUACAUAAACCAGCAUACAUCUGUACACCUAACGUGUGUUUUGUCAUUUAUUUAAUAUAGACAAGUUUUAAUUUGGUUCAUAUAAAAUACAGAAAACUUAGCGAACUGACGUAAUAAUUUUAUGUAUUCAUAAAGUAUAGCAUGUAAUGCAGUCACAUGCAAAAAUAUGUUUGCAAAUUAAAAAUGUCUUUAUACAAUUCAAAAUAUUUUUUUUUUCAAAUUAACUGAGCCGUUGUCCUUUUGGUCGUUUGUCUGAUCGUGCAAUCUCGUUUGGACAGUAUCACUGCUCUUGAGAAUAAAUGGUUUUACCUCAAAUGAAAGGCAAUUGGAGGAUGGAAGGGGUAAUAAAUUUUGCAAUCUUUAACCCCUUCUUCAAAAGAUACACACGAAGUUUAGUCAAGAUUUGCCAAGCUCGUUUGAAGAGGAGCUAAGCAUUUAUCACCCUUCAUUAUGAGUAAUUGCAU